AUGCUGCGCAACGAACACUACAAAGAUGACAUGAUCUACAUCACGCGACUGACGCGAAACGUUCUGAGCUUACUCGGGGCCUGGCCGGCUUACAACAGGGAAAGAACCACCGGCGAGAAAGCUUGGAGGUACUUUCGGAUCGCGAUCUCUUACAUUCUUCUCUACUGCGUCCUGAUCCCCGGUGGCCUCUUCUGGAUAAUCGAGAAGAGACCGCGCGUCCGUGUCCAAACGAUCCCUCUGCUCUUCUACGGUUUCAUGGCCAGCGGUAAAUACGGUAAUCUGGUGUUCCGCGAGAGUAACAUUAAACGCUGCUUGAAGCACAUCGAGGAGGACUGGAGGUUCGUUAACAGCGUCGAGGCGCGGGACAUGAUGAUCGAGUCCGCGAAGACCGGGAGACGCCUCGUCACACUCUGCGCGGUCUUCAUGUACGGCAGCGGGCUCUCCUUUCGAUCGAUCCUGCCGUUCGCCAAGGGAAAAAUCGUCACCGCGCAAAACAUCACGAUCAAGCCGCUGCCCUGCCCGGCCUAUUUCUUCUCCUUCGACAUACAAGCCAGCCCCGCGUACGAGCUGAUCUUCGCGAUACAGUGCCUGUCCGGCGUGGUCACUUACUCGAUAACGGUGGCUUUAUGCGGCCUCGCGGCCGUCUUCGUGAUGCACGCCUGCGGCCAGCUGAAGAUACUCGUGAAUCUGAUGAGAAGCCUCGUCGAGGAGCAAUGGCAGGAGAAACAGGAGGUGGACAAAAAGCUGGCUAAAAUGGUUGAACAUCAGAUAAGAAUUCGAAGUUUUCUAAAAUUGGUAGAGAAUACUCUACAGCAAGCGUGUCUAUUAGAAUUGAUGGGCUGCACGAUGAUAGUCUGCCUUCUAGGAUAUUUUAUAAUAAUGGAAUGGGAGAAUAGCAAUACCUUAGCUAUCUACUCCUACUUUGUAACAGUUACAUCCCUGAUGAUAAACAUGUUCAUGUUUUGUUAUACUGGCGAACAACUUACCGUCGAGGCAGAGAGAGUAGCUAGUACAUCUUGCGAGCUCGAGUGGUAUCGUCUUCCGGACAAGAAAGCGCGUGCAAUCGUGCUGGUGAUAAUCAUGUCGAACAUGCCCACCAAGAUCACCGCUGGGAAGAUCAUGGAUCUAUCAUUUAAGACAUACGGCGACGUUGUGAAGACAGCUGUGACGUAUUUUAACAUGCUUGUAAAAGUAGCCGACUGAAUGUUUCUGCUCUAUAUUUCGUCACGUCGGAACGCCUACGAUUACGAAUCAUCAUAAUGGUAACAUCGUAUCGUGUAUACUCGUGAUAUAGAUGUGUCAAAUACAGAAGCUUGGUGUGAUGUACA